UCGCGCCAAGUGUUCACCAUAACGGUGAAAUACUAAAGGACACAGCGCAACAAUUUCAGCAUCCUGUGCAUCGCGAUCAACUGCUAUAUAAAAAAAGUCCCGUACGACGUUGGGGCUACAAUUAUUGCCAAAAGCUGUAACGAUUGUAGCAGGUGCCUAAGGGGUCCAGAACAUACGACAUAAUGCAUUUGGCAUACCCCUCGAGGAAAGCCUCGAACCCUCCAGCAUAUUUCGCGCCACGGUCCUCACGUUUCCCAAUGCUACGCAGAAGUAGGGCGAAGACGAUAGUUCUAGGUGCCUGUGCCGUAGUGGUGGUAUUCUUCAUACUUUCACGUAUACUUGGGGGAGCAAAUGGCGUACCAUCGGGAACUCCACCGGUUGUAAUUGUCACAGUAUUGGAUACGGUGGGAUAUAGUAAAGAGUAUCAGGACAGCGUAAAGGAAAAUCGUAUUCAAUAUGCCAGGAAACAUGGAUAUGCAACAUUUUUCCCCAGUAUUGGAGACUAUGAUAUUCAAGGAUCGCCGAAUUCAUGGUCCAAAGUGCCCGCAGCACGACACGCCUUAUCAAAAUUUCCACAUAGCGAAUACAUUUGGGUUUUGGAGCAGAAUGCUCUCAUCAUGAACCCUGCGCUGAAAGUCGAAGAUCACAUUAUGGCUCCAAAGCGCUUGGAAAGUUUGAUGAUCAAAGAUCAAUCUAUUGUGCCUCCGGACAGUGUUAUCAAGACGUUUCCCAAUUUGAAAGGCGAGAACGUUGAUUUAGUUCUCACUCAGGAUAAAGACGGUCUGUCGCAGGCUAGUUUUAUUAUCAGAAAGGGGGAAUGGAGCAAAUUCUUCCUCGACACAUGGUUUGACCCUCUGUAUCGUUCCUACAACUUUCAGAAAGCAGAUCUUCAUGCAUUGGAACACAUCGUACAAUGGCAUCCAACGAUCUUGUCGAAGUUGGCACUCGUGCCGCAGAAAAUAAUGAAUGCAUACAAUUCGGAUGAGGCGGAAGGGUAUAAAGAUGGAGACUUCGUUGUUCGAUUACCUGGUUGCGACCAGUCAGGACGAGACUGUGGAAAAGAGGCCGAGAAAUACACAAGGCAAUGGCGGACUGUCUUUGCAUCACGAUGAUCCAACCCUUUACUACGAUAACCAAAUCAAAUCCUCAUCAUCAACAUAUAAGCAUAGUUAGGGCUAUAGAAGCCCUUAUGAUCUACGAAUAGCGGGCAAGGCGUUUGCAGGCGUACAACACAAGAGCAUGAAGCAUAAUUGUACAAUACCAGCGAUGACGUCUGUAGGAAUAUGGACAUCGCUGAUGCUGGCAGAUGUAGUUUUCUUGGGGAAGCAAGACUUUGUCUUCUGUAUAUUAUUUGAAGCAUACAUACCCCGGCAGUCAAUGUACUGUAUUUUCAAUACUUGCGAAGUUUUCGAUAUAGUUUUGUGUUCUAUAACGAUUUCAAUCUAUGAUGUAGGAGGCCAUUGAAGUGUGUUGUUCUCGUCUGUAGCGUUGAAUUAGCACCUCCAGCACCUAGUAUAUCCAUGUAGCAUUGCAAACAUAAUCAUCUGAUACGUAUAUCAUCAAAUACUCAUAAUGAAGAAAUUUGACAGAUCAUGUCCACUUUUUA